UUUUAAGUUAAAAUUGUAUACAGAUUUAUAGCAGUUCCUACUACAGAUAAUAGUUCAAGGCAUCUGGCAACACUGCUUAUUACAUCACCAGACGUCAUAGCCUGAUUUUGGAUUUAGAAUUAUUUUCUACUUGCCGAGUUAAGCGCGUUUAAUUCUAAAAAAUGACUGCGUGGAGGCAAGCUGGAUUAAAUUACAUAAACUACUCCAACAUCGCUGCCAAGGUCUUGCGACGAGCCCUGAAGCCAGAAUUGCGGACAGAAGCUCUGAAACGUGAUGAAUCGCACGUUCGAAUAACUCCUUGGGCAAACGGCAAACCGGCACAUGAAAAGGAGUAAUGGUAAAUUUUUUGUGAGAUCUGCAACAAGCUGCUUCAAAGUAAAAGGGAAAAUGUAUACAUGAUAAUUGAAACAGCCAUGAUUACUAUACAUAUUUAUUGUAACAUCCCAUUAGUAUAUUAAAUAAGUUUAACUUGUUAAGUCUUUAUU